AUGAAUUCAAAGAAAACUGUUGCUCCUUAAGGUAAAAAUUUUGGCGUUGCUAACAAGAAGUAACCUUAAUAAAGACCUGGUUUGACUGAAGAUGAAAUUGAAGAAAUAAGAGAAGCCUUCAACUUAUUCGAUACUGAAGGUUCUGGUAAGAUUGAUCCCAGAGAAUUAAAAGCAGCCAUGCAAUCGUUGGGUUUUGAAAAUAAGAAUCCUACUAUCUAUGGUAUGAUCGCUGAUUUAGAAAGUUAAGGAACAGAAAUUGAUUUUGAAGAUUUCUUAGAUGCUAUUACCUCAAAGCUUGGAGACAAAGAAACUAGAGACGGAAUUAACAAAAUCUUUGAGUUAUUUGAUGAUGAUUAAACUAAGAGUAUUACUUUGAAGAAUUUAAUGCGUGUUGCUAAGGAAUUAGGUGAAACAAUGACCUAAGAAGAAUUAGCUGAGAUGUUAGAACGUGCCGCUAGCAAUAGCAGAGAAAUUACCCCUGAAGAUUUCUACAACAUCAUGGUCAAGAAAACUUUCUGA